ACCAUUUUCAUCAAGAGACAUCGGCAGCCGUUGGCGAUGUUCCGGAGGACUGGGAGGGAGUACAGGACACAGUUGGGUAUCAAAGAUGGGAGGCCAUUGGAGUUGAUCCAACCAGGGGACACUAGAUUCGGCACAAACUUCCUCAUGCUGCAGCGACAUCGGGAGUGCGAGGGGGUGUUGCUAUCAACUGUUUCCAACCCACGGUGGGAUGACUCUCCAUGGGAUUGGACCCCAUCGACACGGGUUCGAUUGUGCAAGGAGCUCACGAGACCCCGCUUGGUGGUUAACUAUGCAGCGGCAUGUACCUUGCUUGAGCCUGUUUAUGUCCUGAUGAAGGCCAUGGACAAAGAUGGGAGGACGGGUAUGCAGGUGUGGUCUUUGGGGAUCAUGUUGGAGAAGAGAAUGGUUGUGUUGCCCAGUGAUUGCGAGACAAGGGAGUUCGUGACGGUGAAGGUGAAAGACCGUGCGCGGAUGAUGGUUCUCCCUGUGCAUGCAGCGGCGUGGAUGUUGCACCCACUCCACCGAUCAGCUCGACUGUUCAACGACUUGGCAUACGAGGACAUCACAAACACCUUGACUCACUUUGCUUCGGUUCACCCGAAGAAUUCAAAGGAGUACAAAGACUGCUGGAACUCCCUUAAGAGUUUCCAUUACAUGGAUCCAGAGUGGAAUGGCAAGAACUCUGAGGAGGCUUUGGCAGGCGACCAUGUGUCCAUGGCGCACUGGUGGUUGAGUUAUGGGAAGAAGCACCCAACCCUGACAAAGAUCGCAGUCAAAGUGCUCAGCAUGUGGACUACAGCCUCUCCAUGCGAGAGGAAUUGGUCCACGUUCAACCUCAUUCACACGAGGAGGAGAGAUCCGUUGAGCCCAAACAACCUGCAGAUGCUCGUCUUCAUCCAUUGGAACAAGAAUUUUCUGCGCAUAUCAAAGGCGAAGAUGGGAUUCGUAAACACCAAGCAGCUCGAGAAGGAGACACCUGAGGAUGAGGCGCCUUUCGAUGGUUUCAUGCGAGACAGGGAGUUUGACCCUGCAGAGGUGAAGAGGAGGGCGGCAAAUUGGUCCAAAUCUCGCGGCCGCAAAUCGAAGGGUACCAGAUUCGACGUCCGGGAGCUUCAGGAGGAGAGGGUGGACGGCGGGGCAUGGCUCCUCGAUCUUUCCUACCGCCCUCGGCGUCUCGCGGACAACGACCGCGGGAAGACCAUUGUUGUUGAUGAUGAGGAGGAGGAGAGCCACGGCAGCGAGGGUGACGGCGAGUUACUCACAAUGCGGUUCACAAACAUGUGGUCCACCAAGCGCUCGGGCAGCCGCUCGUGUUCCACUCGACACGACAACAUCACGCCGCCGCCAGUCCUUGCAUCCGGCGGCUGCUUCGACGGGGGAUUGGCAGACGUUCACGGGGACAAUGCUGCGGUGGAGGUUGAUGCAGACUUUGGUGUGUGUGUAGAUGUUCCGGUUCUUGGCACUGCGGAACAUGCGAACGGAGACAUCGGUGCGGACAUGGACGACCCGAUUCUUGGAACAGCGAAGGACGUCGAGGCUGUCGGCAGCGAUGUAUUCUCCACUCCUUACCCGGGGUUGCGGCUGGGGAAGAGAUUCGACUCCCUAUUGAACCACGUGGCCCCCAUUGCGGCGAGCGGCUCCAACAAGGACUUCCGUGAACACCUGUCUGCGAUGUCCCCCAUGCGGACUGAUUUCGAGGAGCCGACUCCCGAUUGGGCCAGAUUCACUAGACCAACCCCACCCGCUCUACGGUUGAGCGAGGACAUUCCAACAAAGGCCAGGGAAGGAUCGCAAGGCAUCGUCUACAGGAGGAGGACCCGAGCUGCUGAGGUUGGAGGACCUGACCCACCACAACAUGUAGCUGCACGGCGUGCAUCAGUGUCGCCGCCCGAAAUCGCCGCCAGCAAGGUGCGCCGAGUGAGGAGUUUGGCGGGCAGAAAGAAAGGAAGGAGACAGCGGCACCGACGACAAGAGGUGGAAGAGGCAAGGGACGCAAGACAGUCACACCGCCGGCGACCUUGAAAGAGAAGCAUGCUAUUGUUUGGCAGGUGAAGAAGAGGAAGGCACAAAAAGUUCCCAAGAAAGUCACCGCAGUUUCGCAAUCGCCGA